GCCUCCGUGUGUGUGUGAAGGAGAGAAGGGGUGAGGAGGGAGAGAGGAGGAUGCGUGGGACAGCCCUGAAGGGACACCUGGGCUGUCCCAUGAAAAGAGCUGGGAAGAGACACCUUCUGAACUACAGGUCCGGGGGGCCUCAUGGGAGAAGGAGUCAGUGGAACUCCCCUGACAACAACCUGCUUGUUGCUCCUCCUCUCCUCGCAACCAGCUCUCAUCCCCACCCUUCUCCACCUCUUCUUCCUCCUCCUCCUCCUCCAUCCUCUCUCUGUCUCUCAUUUGAUCCCAUCCCUCAUUCCCUGCACCACAGAGGGAGAGCGGGAGCUGAGAGAAAGAGCCUGGGAGAUCCAGCCGCGGUGCAGGCAGCGAGAAAAUAAAGAAGGGUCAAAAGAGGAGAAGGAGAAGGAGAAGCAGAAUCAGCGAUGGCGUUAUCCUGGUGUCCUUUUGCGACUUUGAUGCUGGUUUGGGGAUCUUUGACGCCCCAGGUUCACUCGGCGCUGGCACCGGAGAACGAGGUGCCACUUCGCCCAACUACAUGGUUACCAGAGGGGAAGAUCAUGACAGUAACUCUUCCGAAAGGACGAACUCGAAGGUUAUAUUUCACGCUGAAGAAGAAGACCUCUGCGAUGUCGGUGACUGUGAGUCCUUGCAGCCUCCCCAUUGAAUGGAGCCUGGCCGCUCGCACUCUGAAGGACAAACCGCUCAAAAACCUGCAAUGGAGCACCAAGAAAAACACGCCUGAGGUGUGGUGGCGAGGCCCUGGCACAGAAGAGAAAAUCCACAGCUUCACUGGUGAUACAGUGGACACCUACAACAGCCCUUCACAUCUCAGCGCUUCUGUCUACGUCGUGAGGCUGCGUUCAAAACAGCAAAGCACCAGAGCUACAGUUUUCCUCCAAGAAGGCCAAGGGCCUUCAGGAAUAUUCCCUCGACUACCAGCUGACCCACGAGUUCACACGUUAGGAGUUGGUAUGACCAGUGUCACCCUCAGCUGGCAGCCCAGUUCCUCCAUAACAAGCCUCCCAAAGGCAAAAAACGGUUACGAUUAUUGCGUGCUUGUUAACUCUCUGCAAAACUACCCCAGCCUCUGUGCUGCUCAAAAGAGGGAGAGAGGGGAGAAAGAUCAGAGUCAAGGCAAGAAGGAGAAAAAGAGACAAGCAACACCAUGGCCAAUCUUAAAAGAGUGGUGGUGGGAGCAGUGGGAGAGUUAUCCCGAGUCCCAGAGUCUGCCGUCUUCACUUGCAGAUGAUUUUGAUAAUCUUCAGUGCGUGUGUCAGGGGAUGGAGAACGUUUGCACGGUCUCUGAGCUCCUGCCUGACACCUCAUAUUACUUUGACGUUUUUGUGUUAGAUAAGGUGAAUGGGACCAGCGCAGCGUACAAGGGGGCUUCUGCGCGGACGCAUGAGGAAGCCCGAGCUGCAGUCGUGCCUCUGAGAGAAGGAGAGCUAAGGUGGGUAACCUUUCAGGACGGAGGCUCAGACUCGCAGCAGUUCUUCAGUUUCCGUCCUCGGGGAUGGCAGCAGAGUGGCCUCCUCACCUUGCAGAGCUGUGGUGGGGGUGAAAAGAUGAAGGUAACUGUCUCCAAUAAGGGACGGGUUUUGACCACUCAGGGUGUGGAAACAGAGUUAAUCCACAUUUGGCUCCAAGGAAGCCCUUCCUAUCUUAUCCACUUGCAACAAGAAGGAACUGCAACUAGGAAAGUAACUUCUGUUAAAGACGCAGAGCGACUAGCAGCUCUGAAAGCUUCGGUCAAAAUGCAAGUUUCAUCUGCCUACCAUCGCAGAGGGGUCCCAUCUCUACCGUCCACCUUGCAGAUAAAAUCUUUCAACCGGCUGCGAGGUUGCAACAGCGUCACCCUGGCCUGGAUGGGAACAGAGGAAAGAAGUCUGUACUGUGUAUACCGCAGAAAGCUCAGUGGCUUUGAUGCAGAAACUGGGGGAGCAUCAGCUCUGACCGCACCCUGUCUGGGCCCAGAGUCUCGCUCUGACACCGAAAGGGUUCUCUGCAAGUAUUUCCAAGAGCUGAAUCCUCGACGGGCCGUCACUACAGCUGUGAUUGGGGGCCUGGAGCCAGGAGUGGCCUAUGUGUUUGAUGUGUAUCUAAUGAGACGCUGGGGGAUCCCCAUCAAGUAUGCCAGCAAGAUGGUGAAGACCAGAAAGGAAUGCUGAGCUGCUGCCCCCUAGAGGAGGCUCACAAGUUGUCCCGGUUUACGGGAAAGUGCAUCAGCCCCGGACAAGCUGUAAAGAGACCAAGAGCUCAAGCCAUUUGAUUGUUGCCAGGAGGCAUUUUGCAACAAAACAAAAAAAAAAGAGGAAAUGUUCUCUUGAAGAAAAAAGUGGUCACAUACAAACUCCACUUUAGCAAUGCAAGUGGAUGGCAAGAAUUAGGGAAAGAUGCACACACCAGCAAAAGUUCAUAACAUUUAUAAAACAACUUUUGUGCUCUUGUCAUUUUGUUCCUCGUUGCAGAUCAUCACAAUGACAUGCCAGUCAUCCAAAUGCUUCUUCUUUUUCUUUUUUUUGCCUGUGCCCAGGUACAAUGGAUGGGCAAGGUUUGAGAUGACAGAAAGUCAUUAUAAAAACAACAAAGGAGACUGAGCCAAAGAUGCAACAGAAGCAGAUGGGGCAAUAAUGAGAGAAGAUCUGAGACAUAGGGAUUCGCAGCAUGCAUCUGCAGAGCUGCAUUUUGUACAAACUAAUAAACACAGGUGGAAACGAUCUGAAGAUGCUAAAUUCAAAGUCUGUGUUUGUCUUUGUGUUCUGCUUUCGCAUGAAGCAGUGUGAAAUUUCUAGUGGCUUGCCUCAUUGUCUUUGAUGUAUUCUUGUGCUGCUUCAAAGUCAUCAAUAAAUACUAAGGUAUCUGUGUAUUCCUGGGUGAUGGAUUAUAUUGUAUAAAACCUAAAAUAUGAAAUCUUCCAUCAAACAGCCCAAGUAAGCUUUAAACUUUUAGCUUGUCUGUUCUGGCCAGAGAAAUUUUCAUUGACUGGAACUGGUGAUAACAAAUACACUAUAAGAGAGACUAAGCAUCUAAAUUCUCUGACAAGGUAUGAUAAGUGUACAGUACCGAAUGCAUUUUUGAUGUGCCCCAAUAAAGAUGUGUCAAAAGCCUUAAAAUAAAUUGAGGUUUUAUUGUAGUUGCAUAGUCUCACGCUGAAAGCUUUAGACAAAUCUUCCCUUUUAACUUAAGCAUAAUUAAUCAAAGGGAAAAAGACCAUGUGUUAAAAUACAAAUUUUGAACAAAAUAAUUGCUGGCACAAUUGUUUAUAACCCUGCUGUUAAUAAUUUUAACAGCCCCGCCCCCAUUAUUCCAACAAGAUAAGUUGGAGCACACACAGAGAGAGAUAUUCCUCUUUACACCAUGUCUCUAUUUUUUUUUUAUUUCUAUAUAGGUUUGGGGAGGAUGGUGACCACUAAUUGCUGGAAGAAAACUAAAUUUGUGUCUUAUAAAUUAAUUCUGUGUUGAUUUAGCAACACAGUAUUAUGUGGUUGAAAGACUAAAUGCCACGAUGAUGAUGUUUUCAUGCCUUUUGGAAUAGAAACAGAGCCACAUCUUCACAGAUCCUCCACACUUAAUAGUGGGCAUGACUGCUUUUCCACACUCAGCAUUCAUCCUUUGUUUCAUGCAAAAUCCAUCUAGACCAGGGGUGUCAAACUCCAGUCCUCAAGGGCCGCUGUCCUUCAGUUUUUA